AUGUCGUCCGGCAAGGGUGGCAAGGGCAAGAAGCCCGCCAAGGCUGCUGGCGGCGGCGCUGAAGACAAGCGCGAAGAUGUGCUUCAAGCUGUGGUGAUUGCAGACUCGUUCCAGACACGCUUCACCCCGUUCUCCUCAGAGAAGCCACGAUGUCUGCUACCCCUCGCCAACACACCGCUCAUCGAGUACACUCUCGAAUUCCUCGCCAUGAACGGCGUUCAGGAGGUCUAUAUUUACGCCGCGACCCACCAAGAGCAGAUUGAGAGCUACAUCAGGCAGUCCCGGUGGACCACCCUCUCCAGAUCGUGUCCCUUCUCGUCGCUCGAGUUCAUCCGUGUCUCCGACGCCCGCUCGAUUGGCGACUUUCUUCGCGAUUUGGACAGUCGCAGCAUUAUCGAAGGCGACUUUGUGCUCGUACAUGGCGACCUGGUAGCCAAUGUUCCGCUAGAUGGAGCUCUGGCGGCGCACAGGGCGAGGAGGGAAGCAAACCGCGACUCCAUCAUGACGUUGGUCCUGAGAGAGGGUGGAGAAGGCGAGCACCAGUCCAAAGUGAACGCCAUCACGCCGGUGUUCGCGGUAGACCCCAGAGCGAAGCGCUGUCUACACUUUGAGGAGAUGCAUCCGCUGCAGGCCGACCAACAUCUCAUCUUGGACCCAGACCUGCUCAAGGAGCGCGAGCUGGAGAUUCGGAGCGACCUUAUCGACGCGCAAAUCGACAUUUGCACACCCGACGUCCUCGCCCAGUGGUCGGAAAGCUUCGACUACGAGCUCCCUAGAGCCCAAUUCCUCCACGGUGUGCUUAAGGAUUACGAGUUGAAUGGAAAGAUGAUACACACCGAAAUUGUGCACGAAGGCUAUAGUGCUCGGGCCACGAACCUCCAGAUGUUUGAAGCUAUAAGUCGAGACGUCCUGGGUGGCUGGGCAUACCCAUUCGCCCCUGACACUAACCUGGUAAAGGGUUAUACAUACCAGCGCUGGGAUGACAACGUCUUUAGGGAGGAUGAUGUUCUCUUUGGCACUGAUUGCGACUUGGCAGAUGUUGUCGUUGGGAGAGAUACUCGUAUCGGCGAUGAGACCACCAUCCGGAACUCAUUCAUCGGCCGCAAUUGUCGCAUUGGCUCCAAUGUCCAGAUCCGAGACAGCUUUAUCUGGGACGACGCGACGAUCGAGGAUGGCGCUGUGGUCGAGCAUUCCAUCAUUGCGGAAUUCGCUAAUAUCGGCAAGGAGUCAAAGGUUGCUAGAGGCAGUCUGAUUGCAUCCGGCGUCCAUGUUGGCGACAACAUCACCUUGGCUCCGUCUACCAUCCUUUCCUUGAUCUCGGCCGAGGGUACAUCGGUGCCUACAGACACAAGUCUGCUGGGACCUCAAGGCAAAGGUGCUAUGUUCAAGGACCCAGACUGGGAGGAGCUUGACGAAGACGACCCUUACCGCCUCCAGAAAUCACUUAUCUACUCCCUGGACGGUCACGAUCUGGAGGAUUCAGAUGUCUCCACGCUGGCAUCAGAAGAUGAGUUCGAAGACUCGGACGAUGAACAAUUUCUAUCUGCCGCAAGUAAAGAAGACAGAUCCCGGAUGAACUCAUUUGCAUCAGAUGAUUCAACUCGCGGCAGUUCGACGUUCCAUUACGAAGCUACGCAUGGUAUCUUGGAAGUACUCCGCGGAGAGUCUGGUGGCGACUUUGGCUCGGAGAAGUUGGAAUUCAUGUCUCUCCGGCUGGCAAACAAUGCUUCAGAUGAGGCUGUACGGCGCGCUAUAGCCACUGCGUUUGUGCGACGGGCCGUUGAGCUCGCUAAUAUAGAGAACGGUGGUUUUGACGCAAACAAGGCCGCCAAGACCACACUGACUCAACGUGCUGGAGCUAAGGAGUUCAUCACGGAAGUAGGCGUAGGCGGCGGCUCUGUGCCUGAGCAAAUCGAAUUCGCCAUUGCGGUACAGAAAGCAUGCGUCAGCAAUGCUCGCGUCCUCGAAGUUCCAAGGGCUGGUACUUUGUGUGCUGCACUGUUCCAGCAUAUGUAUGAUGAGGAGAUCCUAGAAGAGGAGGGCAUCCUUGGCUGGUGGGGAGACAACAGAUCGUCAGAGGGCGAUUCGAUGGCAGGCGUGAGAGAGAGAUGCCAGGUUCUCGUCACCUGGCUUGAGGAGGCUGAGGAGGAAGACAGCGACGAAGAAGAGAGCGAAGACGAUGAAUAG